UUGUGUGUCCAUCAAUAGAUUUUUUAUUUUAUUUUUAAAAAGUCUUACGGUGGACACAGGUGAGUCACGUGACAAAAGCCUUUUUUUUGUGUGUGACCAUCAAUAAAAUAUCAACACUCUGAUGUCAGAGCAUACGGACACGCCCCCUACAUAGGUCACGCCUCUCCAGAUGUACCCACUGCCACCCCACCAGCCACUCAAAGCCCCUGUAGGUACCACAAGAACAACAUGGCCGACUCGUCAUCAUCUUCAUCCUCAUCGGGACGUGACCUCACACGAUCAGCCUUGGAGCUGAUCCAGUGGGAGGAUCCCAGAAAGUCGGGUGCAGUGUUGGGGCUGUCGUUGUUGGUAUUGGUCUCCAUGGCAACGCUGUCUGCCAUCACUGUGGUGUCUUAUGUGCUUCUAGCGUGUCUUUGUGUCACCAUCACCUUCCGAGUGUACAAGUCCUUCCUGCAGGCCGUCAGCAAGUCACAGCAAGGCCACCCCUUCCAGUCUCUGCUGGAUCAGAACAUCUCCUUGUCCCCCGACUCGGUGCGAAAGGUGGCGGACACAUGCACAAUUCAAGUGAACCAAGCAGCAGCUCAGGCUAGGAGACUUCUUCUGGUGGAAGACCUGGUGGACUCUCUCAAGCUGGCGGCAGUGAUGUGGCUGAUGACAUACGUUGGCGCCAUCUUCAAUGCCAUCACCAUCCUCAUCCUGGCUGAUAUCAUUACCUUCACCACGCCCCUCAUCUACAAGACCAGGAAGGCACAGAUUGACGAACACAUUCAAAUGAUUCGCUCCAAAAUGGACGACACUUUACACAAGUUACAUGACAAGCUUCCAGGUGCUGUCAAGCGCAUCAAAGAUGAGUGACUUGCGCUCUGCUGCCUGAUUGGUUGAGAAAUAAAUUUGGCCUGAAUACAAA